AUGGCCGAACUAAAUCGCUGUCAGGGACAUCAGAUGGUGUGGUUCUUGGUACCAACCAAGGUCUUGUGUAGCCAACAGUUGGAAUACCUAUCGCAAUAUAUGCCUGCAGUCAGUAUGAGAAUGCUGACGGGAGAUGAUGGAGUUGACUGUUGGCGUAAUCAAAGUAUUUGGGACAAUGCUCUGCAGGGAAUGAAAGUCAUUUUUUCGACUCAUGCCGUCCUUGCCGAUGCACUCACACACGGCUUUAUGUUACUGAAUCGACUGGCUUUGAUAGUAUUCGAUGAGGGAAACCGCAUCAUGCGCGAUUUCUAUCAUGUGGCUAGGCUAGAAAACUCGGCCCUUCCCAGCAUCCUUGGGCUUACAGCCUCAGUUGAUGCAGCCAAAAUCCCGGAGCUGGAACGAAACCUGGAUGCAACCUGUCGAGCCCCAUUAGUUGAACGCCACGAGCUGACAGAGUAUGUUCCUCAUCGUAGCCUCACAAAAAUCUACUACACCCAAAACUGCUAUGGCACGGUGAACUCGCCUUCUUAUCUAGACAUGCUGGAAGAGACAGUCAUAGAGCUACGUGAACACAGCAAACGCGAAGGUUAUAGCAUCCCUGGUGAACUCUUCAAGGUUCCUUCGAAGGCACGAGCUAUUCAACAUCAUUUAGGGGCAUGGGCUUUACGAUACUUCCUGACAAGGAUUCUUCAACAGUUUGCUCAGCACAUUACUAAAAUCGAGACUACCGCCUCUAAUCAGUCAUAUAAUCACAGAUUUACGGCUUUGAGAAGCGUGCUGGACAGUACUGUGGAAGGUGCUGUCGUCCACUUACAGUCGCCCAGCAGCAUCUCCGAUAAAGUGAAACGACUCCUCUACUUUUUGAAAGAAAGGAGCCACCCAGAUUUUUCGGGUGUCGUUUUCGUUCGAGAAAGGGUAACCGCUUAUGUUCUUUCGGCGCUGCUUGAUACCCACCCAUUGACUAAGAAAAUUUUUCGAUGCGCGCCCUGUGUGAGCUCUGUUAGGUCUGAGUCUUGGGCAAAAGAUGACAAUUUGUUUACUGAAAGGAAUGAGGACGUGAUUCUACAGUUCCGUAGCGGCCUGAAAAAUUUGAUUGUUGCGACCAGCGUGUUGGAAGAAGGUAUUGACCUUCCAGCGUGCCACGUUGUUAUUUCAUUUGACUUUCCGGACAAUAUAACAUCUUUCAUCCAGCGUCGAGGUCGAGCACGACAGGGCGUUUCGGAAUUUGCUGUGAUGGAAGCAAAAGAUGCUGAGUUCAUUUCCGCAUCUUCAAAACAGUAUAGCAAUCUUGAAAGGCAGAUGCAGGUUAUAUGCUUGGACCAUCAACGAAGCCGUCAGGAGCUAGAGACUGACGACAUCCAAUCGGACAAGCGUUUUCUACAACUACGACUACACACGGGUGCCCUGUUGACUAGCGAUAACGCCAUAUCCCAUCUGUAUCAUUUUUGCACAACUUUGCGAAGUGAAAAUCUUGGCGAAACCCAUCCCACGUUCUCAUACAAGAAGAAUUGUGAAGGCCUUACGCGAUCAACGGUUUAUCUACCGAGCGGGAUCGACCCUUCUUUGCGAAUUGUGGAUGGCCACUAUUGGUGGGGGGCAAAGCAGUCCGCCCGAAAAGAUGCUGCCUUUCAGGCUGUGCGUGCCUUGCAUGGUCAGAAGCUCAUAAAUGACCAUCUUCUCCCUUUGUUUUUGGACAAUCCAUGGACCAGUGAGAUUCAUGAAGGAAAUAUUGUCGCAGAGCUCCCCCAAGCGGAAAGUUUGAUCAACUUUUGGAAAUGCAUCCCGGGACUUUGGACAGAACGAAAGCUUUAUAAGUGCCGCAUCAACUUCUGCGCAAACGGGAUUGACCGACCAGAACUUGCAAUGGCGAUCUUCACCCCUAUCGAAUUAACGAUGAAUGACGAUUUGCAUCUUCAUUGGGAUAAUAAAACCACAUUCACUGUUAGCUUGCAACCUUUUAAUGUCGAAACUGCAAUUUCAACAUCCUCCAGACGCCUGAUGAGGAAGAUCACGACCGUACUCUUCCAAUCGACGCGCUCAAGUUCGGUACAAGAACAAUAUCCAGACUUUCUGCCCUUUUUUACCCCAGACCUUCCGUUGCACGAGUUAGAAGACUGGCUCAGCGUCAAUCAAGGAUCCGUCUCUAUCCGUGAAGGGCAAACUAAAAUUCCAAUUCUUGCCCCCUCCGGCUUUAUCCGCAGCCCUGGCCUUCAUUUUGCUCCCCAUAUUUUUGUGAGAUGGAUUCAAGGCCCAAAUCCGAAAGAUCUUUUGAUUGAAUGCCGAAGAUUUGGAAAGAGGAAAAACCUACUUGAGCGAGUGUCAUUAUCCCACCAAAAUUCACACGAAUCGGAUUCCUCCAGAACAACUCGUGUAGCGGCGACGAACUGCAUUCUUGACUUCCUGCCUUGGGAGCUGAGCCUAGCCAGCCUCGCGAUUCCACCGAUCUUACAGCUUCUGCAUCAACAUCUGAUGGCAAAUGAGAUACAAGUCAAGAUCUUCAAAGAUCUACCCACGAUUGACUCCAGUUAUGUCAGAGAAGCAAUCACCGCGCCUUCUUCUCAAUGGCCUAGCAAUUACCAACGAAUGGAAUUUUUUGGUGAUUCGAUCCUCAAAUUUGUUGUUGCCGUACAUGCCUUUUUGAAGUAUCCUUUAUGGCAUGAAGGUUAUCUAUCAAAGUUCAAGGACCAAAUCGUCUCGAAUGAGAGGCUGACGUGCGCAGCCGCAAGUGCACAUCUAGAAAGGUUUAUCUGUGCUGAUUUUAUCUCACAAAAGCAUCCAAUAUUUUCACCUGUUGUGGACGAACUUCAGAAUAGAACGCUUCCUAGAAAGGUUUUGGCGGACGUGGUCGAAGCCCUCACGGCGGCUGCCUACGAAUCUGGUGGAAUCUCGCUCGCCAGGCAUCUUCUUGGCAUUUUCCUCCCAGAACUUUCCAACACCUCAAGUUCCGAACCACAACGCACACGAAAACAAGACCUUACGUUUCCGGUCCACUUAGAAGGGAAGAUUGACCUGCUGCUUGGCUUCAAAUUCCGGGACCGGGCUCUGAUUUGGGAGGCACUCACACACCCAUCAUGGCAAAGAGACAGCACAACUGGCUCUUACCAGCGGCUCGAAUUUCUGGGAGAUGCGAUUCUUGACUUUUGUGUUUCGAAGAAUCUGUACAGUCGGUGUCCCAAGCUUGCUGAAGGUCGAAUGACGGAACUUCGAGCUGCUUUAGUCAACGCCGACUUCUUAGCCUUUCUUUGCAUGGAACUCACAUUGACCGAGCCAUGCUGUUUCAAGCCAAUUUCGACACCAGAAGGUUGCGAACCAAACAAUCUAUCGAAAACUAUUUCUUUGUGGAUGUUCAUGCGUCACGAUGCUCAAGACUUAAUCAAGAUCCAGGCUUCAUGCAGCGAGCGGUAUCAGUUACUCGGUGAUAGGAUCAAAGAGAAGUUGAAGCACGAUCUUUCAUAUCCCUGGGCCACGCUCGCUCAACUAGCACCACCCAAGUUCUACUCCGAUCUUAUCGAAAGCACUAUCGGAGCAAUUUUCAUAGAUAGUGGAGGUCGUAUAGACGCAUGCGAGCAGUUCUUGGAAAAAGUCAAUCUGAUAGCUUAUCUUGAGCGUUUUGUGGGUCAGGCGGUACUGUUAGGGCACCCCAAAAACGCUCUGGAUCGCAUUCUGGGCACCCGGAGGUCAGAUUUUCAUUUUGCGCAAACAGAUGAUGGACUUUACAACAUCACUGUCUGGUUAGAGGACGAGAAUAUUGCAUCCAUCAACAAUUGUUUUACAAAGAGCGAAGCACUUGUGAGAGGUGCUGAUGCGGCGCUGGCAUUCUUGUCACAUACCUGA